AUGGGUGAGGUUGAUGCGACUGUGGUCGAGCGUAUGGAAGGCAAUGUGGAUGAGGUGCAAGAGAAGCGAGAACAAGAGGCAGCGGCGUGUUUGCAGCGGAUGUUUCGUUGUCGUACGGCGAGAUUGAGACUGCGUGAAAUGUUGGCAUCCGUUUUUGAGAAGUUUUACGACGCCGACUCGGGACUGCAUUAUUAUUUGGAUAAACGUACGGGCGAGACAACGUGGGAGAAACCUCGUGCACUUCGCAACGAUGAUAUCGACUUGACAGCGGUAUAUGAUGGGAAAGAGGAAGACACGUCCGAAGCUGAGCCUACAGAAGAAGAAAGUGGUCUACAAGUGGUUGAUCUGGACAAUGACAAUAAAAAUGAAGAAAAUGAAGAGAAAUAUCUAGGUUAUUCGACACAAGAUGUGGCGCUUGCUCGGGAACAAUUUGCACACUACGACGCGGAUUCUAGUGGAUCUAUCAAUGCUAAUGAGCUCCACAAACUCUUCACUAACCUCGGUGAACAACUCACGUUAAACAACGUUCGUGAACUUAUUAAAGCAGUUGAUAAGGACGGCAACGGAGAGGUGGAUUUCGAUGAAUUUCUCCACUUGUUACCGGUAUAUGAUGGGAAAGAGGAAGACACGUCCGAAGCUGAGCCUACAGAAGAAGAAAGUGGUCUACAAGUGGUUGAUCUGGACAAUGACAAUAAAAAUGAAGAAAAUGAAGAGAAAUAUCUAGGUUAUUCGACACAAGAUGUGGCGCUUGCUCGGGAACAAUUUGCACACUACGACGCGGAUUCUAGUGGAUCUAUCAAUGCUAAUGAGCUCCACAAACUCUUCACUAACCUCGGUGAACAACUCACGUUAAACAACGUUCGUGAACUUAUUAAAGCAGUUGAUAAGGACGGCAACGGAGAGGUGGAUUUCGAUGAAUUUCUCCACUUGUUACGUAAGCAACAAGACAAGAAUCGGUACUCAGCAUCAUUGACACUCGCGUUGCUCUUUGGACCCAAGGAACUGACUAAACUCAAGCAACAAUUCAUGAUUCUCGACUUGGACGGAAGCGGAUCCAUCGACGAGCACGAACUGCAACAAUUAGUCAACAAAUUGGGACGUCGUGCAGAAGAAUUCGAUUUACCGGCUAUGCUGCGUGAGGUUGACGGCGACGGGAGCGGCACCAUCGGCUUCAAUGAGUUUCUACAGAUCGUGGCAAGUAUGACAAAGAGCGAUGGCGGUCCUAAAUCUGCCUUUGCCGUUCUACUGGAUAUGGGUAUUGCACAAGGACUACUUAACGGAUUGGAUGAGGUGGUGCAAGCUUCAAGGCAGAAGGUCUACGAAUGGCUCAACUCUGACCUCGUAGCAGAGCAAAAGCGACUUCAAGGGAAGCGGGAGCGUCGACGACGCCAAGAAGAAGAACGACAGCGUCAACUGGCAAAAGACCAAGAGUUAUACGCUAAACACCAGGCUGAACUCGCUGCUAUCGAGCGAGCGCGUCAUGCUCAAAUCGAAGGUUUAAUGAUCGAAGUCGAGUUCGAAGGUGACGGUCGUAACUUUCCACUUGCAGGACAAUUCGCGCGUGUCCACUACGUCGCCAGCUUCGAGCGUACAGGAGAAAUCUUUGAGUCUACACGCGUAAGAUGUGGCAGUGCACUUGAGUUCUGCGUAGGUGCUGGUCAUACUAUUCAAGGAUUCGACUUGGCCUUGCAACGCAUGAGUGUUGGCGAGACGGCAAAAGUUACGAUCGCUCCUGCACUGACUUACGGCGUGAAAGGCCGGCCACCUCGAAUUCCACCCAACUCUGCGCUUGUGUUCCGAAUUGAGCUCAUUAGCAUCAAGGAGAAGCUCCAAUCGAACGAGAUGGCACCAAUGACACCUCUGGAGCGAGUACGGAACAGAUAG